CCGGGCCGCGCGGCACAGAGAAAAGCGCCGGCCGGAGAGCCCGCGGCCGGGCCGCCUGGGUGAGCGUGCCAAGGCGGCGGCAGCGCAGGCUUCCAGAAACGCACAGAAGUGUACAUUCCACUGGAACCAAGCCAAUUACGAGGUUCCAAAGGCAAGAGUUCAGUUCUCAGCUCCACCACCUGCCUUUGCACGUGCUCGGUUUCCUGCGCUCUAACAUGGACUGAGGAUUGCAUAUGAGAGAACACAUGUUCAGCACCAGCACCUGCCCCCACCAUGCUGUGGUCCCUGCUGCUGUUGCUGGCCGUGCGCUGCAUCCAGACAACCCGACCGUGCUUCCCCGGGUGCCAGUGUGAGGUGGAGACCUUCGGCCUCUUUGAUAGCUUCAGCCUGACGCGAGUGGAUUGCAGUGGCCUGGGCCCCCACAUCGUGCCCGUGCCCAUCCCUCUGGACACAACUCACCUGGACCUGUCCUCCAACCGGCUGGAGACUGUGAACGAGUCGGUGUUGGCAGGGCCAGGCUAUACCACGCUGGCCGGCCUGGAUCUCAGCCACAACCUGCUCACCAGCAUCUCGCCCACCACCUUCUCCCGCCUUCGCUACCUGGAGUCGCUCGACCUCAGCCACAACGGCCUGACAGCCCUGCCCUCCGACAGCUUCACCAGCUCGCCCCUGAGUGACGUGAACCUCAGCCACAACCAGCUCCGUGAGGUCCCAGUGUCCGCCUUCACUACCCACAGCCAGGGCAGGGGGCUGCACGUGGACCUCUCCCACAACCUCAUCCACCGCCUGGCGCCCCACCCCGCCCGGGCCAGCCUGCCCGCACCUACCAUUCAGAGCCUGAACCUGGCCUGGAACCAGCUCCGCACCGUGCCUGACCUCCGGGACUUGCCCCUGCGCUACCUGAGCCUGGAUGGGAACCCGCUGGCUGCCAUCGGCCCAGGAGCCUUCUCUGGACUGGCUGACCUGACACACCUGUCGCUGGGGAGCCUGCAGGGUCUCCCCCAGCUGGAACCCCAUGGUUUCUGUGAGCUGCACGGCCUGCAGGUACUGGACCUGUCGGGCAACCCCAAGCUCAAGUGGGCAGGAGCCGAGGUGUUCUCAGGCCUGGGCUCUCUGCAGGAGCUGGACCUGUCGGGCACAGGCCUGGUGCCCCUGCCUGAGACACUGCUCCUCCACCUCCCAGCGCUGCAGAGCGUUAGCGUAGGGCAGGGUGUGCAGUGCCGGCGCCUGGUGCGGGAGGGUGCCUACCCCCGGCAGCCUGGAGCCAACCCCAAGGUGGCCCUGCACUGCACAGACAUGGGGGGACAGGCUUCCAGGGGCCCCACCACCUUGUGACAAAUGGUGUGGCCUGGGGCCACGUCACGAACUGCUGCCCUGGGCCAACUCAGGUCCUGGGAGAUUUAAUGUGCCAAUGCCAGUGGGGACUCUGCAGGCCUCUGUGGCAGCAUCACUGACAGAUAGCUGUGGACCUGGGACUAACCCCAGGGGCAAAGUCUUGCUCCUUUGUCUGUAUUGUCCCCAAACCGUAAGCAGAGGGUCUUUGAUGUGAAACCAGACAGCAGCCCCCUGCUGUCCUUCCCCCACUCUACCACGAAGUGCCUUCCCUCAAGCCUGGGCCAGCCUGACUGAUAGGAGGAAGGUUAGAGGUCAGGCCCAUGGCCCAGUGCCCCUUUGGGCCCAUGGUCCAAUCACUCAGGAGCAUGGGUUUCUUUUGCUCUGGGCACAUGAGGCCCACUUUAUUCUUUUCUCUUCCCCUAGGACCCUGGGUAGAACUGUAGUUAUAAAAGACAGAGAAAAAAAUCAAGUCUGCCGCCUCAUGUGACAGGUGGGAACACUGAGGCUGAGAGAAGGAAAAUUGCUAAUCCGAGGUGCCCCAGCAGCAGAGGCAUGACUGGACCCGUGUCCUGCCUCCCAGCCGGGCCCCUGUGCACUUUGUUGCCUUGUCUAAGUCAUACCCUCCCGCCCCCCUGCCUGGGCUCCCCUUUUCCUGCCAUAUAAGCCCUUUUUCUGUCAUCUCGAGGACAGGCAAGGGCCACCACGGUGGGACGCUGGGCCCACUGACCAGCUGUGUUGCACGGGCCAAGUCUCUUCACCUCUCAGAGCCUCUGGAAGCUUCAGGCAUACCACCCAGUCUCACCCGCCAGUUUCCCACUCUGGGGUGGGGUCCCCCCGCACCAAAACUGGAAACGUGCCCAUUGAUCCUUCAGGCAUUGCCUCUAGAUGCUCCCCUAAGAGGUUGAUGUGACCCUGGAGCCCCACCUAGCCACAAGCAAGGAGGGGCCUCCCAGAUUCAGGUCGAGCUGGUCCAGAGCCCAAGCCCGUCUCACCCCACUGAGAGUGCAGCGGAAGGAGGCAGGCAGUUCACUGCGGAAUUCUUGUAUGUGCCCCGCCCGGGUGGAAUCUCAGCUUCCCAGCUCUGGGCUCACUCCUUAGUGCUCAUUUUAUACAAGUUGUUGCCUUUUUCAUGGACUGCUGCUUUCAACCAGCUCCCGACCCCACCCCUGCCGGCUGGGGAUGGAAAAUGUCAUUUGUAAAAGAAAAACAUUGCAUUUGUUCAUUUUUGCAAUGGGGGUCCUGGGGAUGUGUUAGGGGGAGGUGCUGGGUGGAAGCCAGCCAUCAGUGGCCACGUGGGCAUGAGGGGCUGGUCCCACAGAAAUGCCCACAGGACAGUGAGAGCACUGUCCUCCCCCACCAGCCCUGUCCAACACUUCACUGGUCCUUGGUUUAAUAAACAUUUAUAAAGA